ACGCAGUAAUGCCUGGUCCUAUGUCGUUAUUGAUCGAUUAUUUUCUUAAGAUCCUAUCUUGAUGAAAACUCAAUCAAACAGUAGUAUAUAGCGUGAAGAAAUUGUCUUUGGACUAUACAUGGUUUUAUUUAUUGUCCUGGUCAAUUAAACACGCUUAAUUUACGCAUAAAUGGGUUUUAUAGCUAAAUUGAAGAUUGUAACAGAGGCUAGAAGUAAGUUUCGCAUACCAAGUAGCAAUUUGAUUUCUAAUCAAGGCAGUUUGUGUCGUUGUGGUCGAUUUAUAUGGACAUCAGUAAAUGAAGGCCAUGGGUAUUUAAACUAUAUAGCACCACAAACACGUCUACGUGUUGUUGAUAAUAGCCGUUGGAGUAGUAUUCAACCUUCAACUAUUCCAGGUAGAGAUCAAUCAGGAAAGAAGAUAGCGGCAAGUGAACAAAAAACACCAAACGUAGUUAAGGGUGAUAAAGAUGUUCGAGAUCUAAUUGCCCUUGGCUCGAAAGCACUUUCAAUUAAACCUGCGAAAUGUAUUUGUGUUUAUAAUAAAAAGAACAGAGGAAAAAUUGGUGAUAAAGUGUUGGUUGCUGUCGAAGGGGAACUAAAGAAAGGCUGGAUAGUUGGUUCUCGAUUGCCAUCUAAGGAUGGUUGGCCACGUUUUGAGGCGAAUAAUGUAGUUCUUAUUGAUGAUGAUGGAAAUCCUUUGGGUACACGAAUACUUGUUCCAAUACCUGCCCGAUUGCGAAGUCUAUCAGGAGAUAUAACUAAAAUUUUGUCGAUAGCCAGUUCAUUUGUGUAAACAUGGAGAGUAGUCUGUUCGACGUUUUGUACUGCUGUAAAAAAAGAUUUCAAAGGCUUAGGAAAUAUUUUUGUUGAGUUUGGAAAGUAAUUUAGAACUUACUCUCCCUUAUUAACCUCAAAAAAAGUGUGUUUCUGCUAUGCAUUCGCGAUGAUAUGAUCUCAUGCACACUUGUCAUAGGUAUUCGCACCGAAGGUUAUCCUGCGCUAGUAGAACACUUCUCCCCUUACUGUGGUAUAGUGGAAGAGUCUGAAAGUGAAGUUCUGCUGCUGGUUGGGUGGUAUGUGGUGUCAGUAAUGCUCCCCAUGAGUGGCCAGCAGCACCAUGCUGAUGCUUCUUUCCCUAAGGAGAAUGAGGGGAGGGUUAGGAAAAGUCAACCUUCAAAGAAGCACAACACCAACUCUACGGUCUCCCUAUGCUGGUGGCGUAGAAUUGCAGCUAGAUUUGAAAUAACUUGGACCUCGAACCCCGGAAAGUCCCGCGUAUGGUCAGUCUCAAGCGUACGCUGUGGCUCUCCAGUCGCACACCACUACUAAGUUUAGCUUGGCGUUUUUUCAGUCACCUCAGGAGCAAGUAGCGCCCGUGAAGCUCAUAGCUUGGGAGUUCCAACUGUCUUCACAGCCCGUCACCGCCGAAGAUCUUCCCAUUCAGCGCCAACCCUUUGCACAUGAAGCCUCCCCUCAUGUCUCUUGUUUAGUGUUCCCGUGUUGUCUCUAACGUGUUCCGGCGCUGAAAUUCUUGAUAAUGAUUUGGGUUCGUGAAAGGCUAUCCGUAGUUCGCCGAGAACACAUUCCUAGCUAUAAACUCGCUCUCAAAGCUCACCCUCUGUCAAGUCGGUUAAAGGCACCUAAGUGGUGCUCUCGGAACCCUAGGUAAGCGGACAAGUAAAGCUGGUUGCACGCGACAACUAUGCGCAGACAGCUAUCCUCCCUCGUUAGUACGGAUUUCAGACAUAAAGGGAGGGCUCCGACAUGGCGUUCGCCAGCUUCGACCCAGCGGUAGGCAGGGACAACACGCCGUCGCUCAGGGGGAUGAUGGUACAUUCCUUCCCUUGGAGCACUUUUGGAUGACGACCAAGCGUGUGUCUGCACCUAGAUGGUUAUAGGAGACCUACAGCAACAAGAUCGUCACGGCAAAGUUUGGUGAUGAGCAUACUGGGAUUGCUUCGAACGACAAUCAGGCUAAACAAUUGCCGGGACAGGGCGCUGUCAUUUAUCUCGAAGAAGCUUGGUGUCGCCCUCAGUAUGCAGUGAAAGGAGGGUCAAGGACCAUGAAUGAUUCCCAGGAAGUGGCAGUAGAUGUCAGCAACUGAUUGCCUAGUGGGUGUGCGCAGCGCAUCCCUACAGGGUCCGAGUGGAAACUGAUCGGACGUCGACUGACUAGAAGUUCACUCUAUGACAAUGAGCAGUGGUCGGCAGCUUAGGUUAUUGAGACGAAAAGGGCAACACUUAUGUGACAGGCAACAGUGCUUGGGCCAAUUGUGGGAACGAUAUAACAUCUGUGGUUAGUGAGACCUCAGUGUGGAGUGCUAGCUGUGUGCUUCACUCACCGACGAAACGACUGGAAGGGG